UGGUUUCACAGGGAGGAGAGGCAUUUGAGUCAGGGCACACAUGCCUCAGCUGUGAGAGGCCCUACUCCCCUUGGCUGGCUGGCAUCCCAGAGCAGAGCAGAGAGAGACAUAGUGUGUGAGAACGAGGGUGAAGAGAAAGUUUAAGAGUAAAGUAGACUAGGAAGAGGCAAACAAGUGGUCAAGAAAGUUAUCUGAAAUUAAAGAGAAAGAUUAGGGACUAAGUUGAGUGCAGUGUGGCUCCUGCAGGUUGAUUUUCAGUAGUGUAUUUUUAACUGUAGUGAGUGUGCAGACGGUUUGUAUUUGGAGUUGACAGCCAUGGCGGAUACAGGUGUCAAGAAGGAGCAUGCAGUCCUAAAAGAAGUGCCUUAUGAUGAUGACGAGGUCGCUCUGGUGAGUGCUGCCACCGAGCCGGCAGUAGAUGACGAUGACCCUGCAGAGGAGGUGGACCUGGUGCUGGCAAUGGGUUCUGGAGGCAAGAGCGAAGCACAGAUGAACGGGGUCAUGGUUCUGUCUCUGCUAGACAAGAUCAUUGGGGUGGUAGACCAGAUCCAGCAGACCCAGAAUGGGCUUGAGGCCCGGCAGGAGACUAUGGAGAAGUCAGUGUCAACCAUCCAAGGGGAGCUGGCUAAGUUGUCCAAGAACCACAUUGGCACAGCCAACACUGUCAACAAAAUGCUGGAAAAGGUACGCAAGGUCAGCGUCAACGUCAAGACGGUGCGCAGCAACCUGGAGAAGCAGGCGGGCCAGAUCAAGAAGCUGGAGAGCAACGAGAACGAGCUGCUCAAGAGACGUAACUUCAAAGUCCUUAUCUACCAGGACCAAGUGAAGCCACCAAAGACAUCCAAACCCAAGACAGCAGUAGCUGAAGGUGAAGCAGUGGAGGGCCUUGAGCAGAUACCUGAGGAGGGACUCCCAGACAAGCUCAAUUCAGAUGAGGAGGUGGAGAUUGAGGAGAUUGUCGAGGAGUCUCGUACCAAGCGUCUCCAACGCAGCACCAAGCAGCAAGUGGACAACAUAAAGAAAGCCUUCUCCAAAGAGAAAAUGGAGAAGACCAAGCUAAAGACCAAGGAGAACCUGGAGAAGACCAAGCAGAGAACCCGAGAGAACCUGGAGAAGACGAGACAGAGAACCCGUGACAACCUGGAGAAAACCAAGCACAGCCUGGAGAAGAAGAUGGGCAAGCUCGGGUCCCGCCUGACACCCAACCAGGAGCGCAGGGUGAAAAUGAAGAGCUCCAAAGACAAGGUGAAGAAAUCCCUCACCCCUGACCACACGAUCUACGCUCGCUCCAAGACCACUGUGUACCGCGUGCCCCCCUUCACCUUCCAUGUUAAGAAGAUCCGAGAAGGUGAGGAGGAAGUGGUGCAGAACACGGAGAUGGUGGAAGUAACCGAGGCCGAGGGCCAGCCAGGAGGAGAGGAGAAUGGGCUGGGUGAACAUGUGGAGGUGGAGGAAGGGGAGCUGGUGAGUGUAGACAGCCCAGAGAUGGAGGCUCUGUUGGAGGUGACUGAAGACUCUCAGCUGGUCAGGGUGGAGCCAGACCACCUAAAGAAGGCCCAAAGCGAGUAGAGCAUCCCAGCUCUGCAGGGCUGUGAAGGGAGAGAUACAAGGAUGAAGAGGGGAACAGAGUCUUGAAGAAUGAGUCUAAUCACAAGGACAUAAUAUUAGUUGUAUAGGGACUUUCUAGACAUGAUCACAAUCUAUGACAUCUCAUUUGUUUUCUCUCUUUUUACUGCACCCAACAGGGAUGACUUUCAUAUUCGCUCCUCUUUAGCAUACAAAUGAGAAAACAAAAACAAGGCUAGCUUUUGAAACAUGCUGCAGGCUGAAUGAUUAUCCUAGACUUGUAUGUUUGUAGGUACUUGCUGUUGUUGGUUUGAUAAAAUGAGUGGCUAUAAGAAAGAAUGGUAUAAAUAGUCUUUGUUAUUGAGAUGUAAUGUGUAAUAUAAAAUUUGCCAUGUGUGAUAUGCACAUUAAUAGGUAUGAUAAGAGGAAGUUGUUGGCAAGAUUAAUGUUUUAAUGGAUGGUUUUAGUGAUGUAAUGUACACAUGUGAAACACAAAAGUGAACAAGUAGGCAAGCUUUAGGACUACAGAAGAACUGAGGAGGCAUGGAGAUGAGUGGGAUUAGACUUAAAAAAUUUUUUCCUGGAGCAAAGUGUUUACAAAAACAUUACCCCUGAUAUGCAAAAAGCAUUAGACAUAAAGCUUUUGUACUGCCAGUCACUCUGGCAUUGUGCCAAAUGCUACAAUAUAAUGAUUCUCAUCUGUUUUUAUCAGGAACGCAGGAAAUAACUUCAACUAUCAGAAUAUUGUAUAUUUACAUAACACUUACAGACACCGAUACACUAAACAGCUGAAGUUACUGUUGUGGCCUUGACACGAUCAUUUUAAGACCUAAUGUUUUACCUUUCUAAAGACAAGGCUGCAUGCCAGUAUCCUGUAUGAACACUUUUUUUGAUCUUAUCUGAAAAGAUAGUGAUAAAGGGUCAUGAAACCUGAACAGAAUCAGUAGUCCACCACUGAGUUUUAAGUUAUAAUGUAUAAUGUGGGAAACUAUCUCUCUCUACUCUAUUUUUUAUGUGUUGCUCAUUCAAACUUUCAGCUAUAAGGAAAUUUUAUAUGUAACCUUUGCUGUGGCACAUCUUUACAAUGCAUGCUUGAAAACAUGGUUUAAUCAUCAUUUACUGUAAUGCUUUGAUGUACUGUAUAUUCACCAUGCUAUAUUUAUUUCAUCUGGAUAUACUGUACUCACCAAAUUCCACAUAGAAGACUUCUGCACAGAGGAAGAAAAUCGACUGUCACCAUGGUCACAGCUCAUCACAGUACAUUUGCACGUCCCUCUUAAAUUUUCCCUGGGUAAUUGCACGCCAGAAAAUGAUGGUCUGAAGAGCAAGAUGACAGUUUAAUGACUGACUACAUAACAUGUGGAGAUACAAAUGUCAUCCUAAAUGCAGUCGAAGUGAGAUAGCACACUGCCAAGUUUUAUGAAUGCCGUGGCGCUUUAAUAAAUGUCAGAACCUCUCCAGCUCCACUAUCUAAAUACAGCAGAAAUGCCAAAAAUAAUUAUCUAAAAAAAUAAAAUGAAAUCAAGGUCAGAACUCCAGAACAGCAUGAUCCAGCCCACAAAAGGCCAGGUACAAUCUUGCAUAGUUCCUAUGAAUUAUAAAAGAAAUGUCCACACUUGUCUGAUCAUUAUUCAUAAAAUUAGGUUUACGUAAGUGAGAGGACAAUCGUGCAGGCCAAGAGAAAGCUAUGAUAAUUGGAUUUUUAUUCAUCUGUGCCUGAUGUAGACUGGCAAUGGCAAUGUUUUCUUUUGAUCAUGAACAGCAAGCAAACAGGGCUCCGGACAGGAAGAAGGUGAUUGUAUGGCUUCCAUUUUUCUCCCCAGAGACUGCGUGUGAUCUUGAUGUGGUGUAGGCAUGCAGAAGCCCACUGUGAAGCAUGGAACACUACUAUAAUAAUCAAUGGAGUGGGGAAUUCAAUUAAGGAGAGUGCUCCCUCUGAGCACUGAGUAGGAUAUAGAACAACGGAAAGGACGUGUAUCUGUCUCUCUGUGUGUGACUGUGUAUACCAUAUUCCCACACUGACAUUUUGGUGAAGCUCCAAGUUUAUGUCCACAUCAAAUGGAAAUCCAGGCCUGUGAAAUCAUAUAUUGCAGUAUUAUCUCGCACAUCAAACAUUGAAACACUUGUAAGAUAUUGGACCCUUUUAGAAAACAAACAUGUGUUUUUGCCACCAUGUAUAUUUGCCUUGUUUUGAGAUAGUAGGUUAAAAAACUGAACCAAGCUGCCAUAAACGCGAGCUAGGCCAGAACUUAUAUACUAUAGGUCACAGCUUAUACAGAGAUAUUUUGAAAAAAAAAAAAGAUCAGUCACGCUGCUGCAACACAACCAUGACACAUAAUUGCUCUUGGUGUUAUUGAUUCAUACUGAGAUAAUGAAGCUUGCCUUGUCUUUUGUGUUGAAGGUCUCUUCUGCCUGAACACUUACAAUAUAAAUAAAAGCUUACUGAAUAAUA